UUUUUAGAGACAGCAGUCCCACAAAUGACCGGAGGGGGGCAGCAAUCGGCACAUAUGCAGUCUACUCUGCCGAAAGUAGAAGAGACGAAGAAGAAGCUACAAACACAAACAACCGUUCAGUGCAUCAGCUGGACCGUCCACAACACCGGGCACACGAUUUCAGUUGCCAUGGAGCGAUGCUUUAGUGUCAGCAGGGAUGAUUCCGCUCCUUGCUCCCCACCUCCUCCUCCUCGCGUUCUCCCCUCUCCAUUUCCUCCCUCCUCUCCCCUGUCAGCCCUGACUGCCUCCCCACAAGACGGAAGGCUGAGUUUCGCGGGAGCCAUGGUGGACGUCAGUAAGUGGCCCCUCUUUUCUCUGCUGAGCACCGAGGAACUGGCCACAGUCCGGCAGGCCUGCGUGUUCGGAAACUCUGCCAAUGAAGCCAUCUACAUCACACACGCCAAUGAGGUCUUUGUGUUUGGGUUGAACAGCAGUGGCUGCCUCGGCACGGGAGACAGUCUGAGCACCAUUGUGCCGAAGAAACUGGACUUCCUGCGGGGGAAGAAGGUCGCCAGCCUCAGCUAUGGAAGCGGGCCGCAUGUCCUGUUGGCCACAGAGGACGGACAGCUGUUUGCCUGGGGCCACAACAGCUACAGUCAGCUGGGGAAUGGGACCACCAACCAGGGACUGUCGCCGCUGCCGGUCGCCAUCAACCCACUGAACAAGAAAGUGAAGGAAGUGGCGUGCGGCUCGCAUCACUCCGUGGCCCUCACUGUGGACGGAGAGGUCUUUGCGUGGGGUUAUAACAACUGUGGCCAGAUUGGCUCGGGCUCCACCGCCAACCAGCCCGGCCCCAGGAAGGUCACCGGCUGCCUGCAGGGCAAGACGGCGGUCGGCGUCACAUGCGGACAGACCUCUUCCAUGGCGCUGGUUGACAACGGAGAGGUUUACGGCUGGGGCUAUAACGGGAACGGGCAGCUGGGCAUCGGGAACAACGGCAACCAGCUGACGCCUUGCCGCCUCGCGGCCCUCCAGGGGAUGUGCAUGCAACAGGUGGUCUCGGGCUACAGCCACUGCCUGGCGCUAACUGACGAAGGGCUGCUGUACGCCUGGGGAGCCAACACCUACGGCCAACUGGGGACCGGCAACAAGAGCAACCACCUCAGCCCCGUGCUGAUCAUGGCGGAAAAAGAGAGGAUUGUCGAGGUCGCAGCUUGCCAUUCAACUCACACGUCAGCAGCCAAGACCCAAAGCGGUCAGGUGUACAUGUGGGGUCAGUGUCGGGGUCAGUCCAUCGUCAUGCCACACCUCACUCACUUCACCACCACCGACGACGUCUUCGCCUGCUUCGCCACACCCUCCGUCAUGUGGAGGCUCAUGUCUAUGGAGCACGACGACUUCAUGACCGUCGCGGAGGCUCUGAGGAAAGAGUUCGACAGCCCGGAGACGGCCGACCUCAAGUUCAGCGUCGACGGCAAAUGCAUUCACGUGCACAAGGCUGUGCUGAAGAUCAGGUGUGAGCAUUUCCGCUCCAUGUUCCGCUCCCAGUGGACCGAGGACCAGCAGGACGUGAUCGAGAUCGGCCAGUUCUCUUACCCCGUCUACAGGUCCUUCCUGCGGUUCCUCUACACGGACACCGUCGACCUGCCGCCCGAGGACGCCAUCGGCCUGUUGGACCUGGCCACCUCUUACUGUGAGAACCGUCUGAAACGCCUGUGUCAGCAGAUCAUCAAGCGAGGGAUCAACGUGGAGAACGCCUUCACCUUGCUGUCUGCCGCCAUACAAUAUGACGCCGAGGACCUGGAAGUGUUUUGUUUUCGGUUCUGCGUGAACCACCUCACUCAGGUGACUCAGACGGGAGCCUUCUGGCAGGUGGACGGAGCGAUGCUGAAGGAGUUCAUCAGCAAAGCCAGCCGCUGCGGGGCCUUCAAGAACUGAGCGGCGCCGUUUAAUUACGUCGGGUCGGAUCACAUGCCGAGAAGCUUUCUUGAAAUGUUGUUUUACGUGUUUAACCAAGAAGAAGAAGAAGAAGGAGGAGGAAGGGAAAAAAGCAGCACUCGCAAUGUGGAAUUUCACGCAGCAUUACGGACGGAUCCAAAGUCAUCGGACGCUUCCCGUCCAGUCGAUAACAACAUCACGCUGCGUUGUUUUCACAACACGCUGUACCUGAACUUUUCAUUUUUAUUUUUUUUUUUCUCGAGGUUUCUUUUAUAUUUUUUAUCGUCUUCCUUUUUACUGCUGGUGAGAUCCAACAUAGAACAGAGUCUGUGUCUGUUUGGGACCUGAAAGAAAUGUUUAGGAAGAGCAGCUUUGAUAAAUACAGGCCAGGACCCCCGGACCACUGCACUAAAACACGUCUUUGUGUUACAUCUGCUUUCCAUUUCUUGGUAAGUUAACCCCACUUUAAAGCACAAGACACUGCAGGUUCUUAAGCAAGGUCAACUUAUAUUAUAGUAAGUGAGAUAUAUUGUUUGUAUUUUGUCAGCUUGGGUUUAUGAUGACCAAUAACUGCCUGCGGGUCCUUGUUACUUCUGUGGCAUUGCUGGUUAAUGCAACGCAAGGAGUGUUACUGGUCAGGUCAGCUGACUUCAGCUUCUGACUCAACAAGUUUGAGUUUCGUUUUUUAGGUUUCCAUUUCUUGAUUCAUUCACAUGCUGAAGACAAGCCAUUGGGUCCGUCCUGCGCUACAUCGUAGUGUCAAAAAUUCUGUUGAUUUAUCAAAGACAAGUAUCAUUCAGGUAAGAAAUGUUAGGUUUCCGCGCUUUAAAGGUAUUCGGAGAAAAUACAGUCUUUGUUUUAGAUAAAACUUAUUUUAAUUGAUCCAGUUACUGUAUUACGUAUACUUUUUAAAACUUUUCAUUUACACGGUGAUCAGCAAGAAAUACUGAGAACUCUAGGAAUUUUUUUCUGCGUUUACGUAACUGACAUGUUUUUCUAUACGUCUAUUUACUUGAAACAACCACUCAUAAAUCACUUAACUCUGCAUUGUUUCCAUUUAAUGGGUUUUAUUGUUAGUUCAUUCCUACUGUGCACACAUUCCCUGGCAUGAUGCUCUACUUCAGAUAUGGUUAUUAAAGUCUUCUAAAGAAAAAA